UUUUAUGAUAAAGAAUGAAUCCUUGUUUCGUUUCAUUCUACAAUUAUUAGAAUUAUAUAGUGUAAAGGGUAAGAAAAUACCACGACAUGGAGAGUUCAGAUUUCGCGGGGCCAACCAAAGGAGGAGUAGCAACAGCUACAUCAGCUGAAUCCGAAGAUCUAAACAAGGAGCAAAUAUUGCAUUCGGAGCGGCAAACAGCAAAUGAUAUGGAUACAGAGGAAAGUUUAGAAAGUAAUGUAGCCACCAACUUGUCUGGCUUUCGGUGGAAACGUGUUCUUAAUCCGACAGGACCACAGCCGCGUCCGAGACACGGCCAUCGUGCAAUAAACAUAAAGGAGCUUAUGGUUGUUUUUGGCGGUGGAAAUGAAGGAAUCGUUGACGAAUUACAUGUUUAUAACACAGUUACGAAUCAAUGGUACGUGCCAGUGCUGAAAGGCGAUGUCCCUAAUGGAUGCGCUGCUUAUGGGUUUGUUGUUGAGGGAACUCGGAUGUUUGUUUUCGGUGGAAUGAUUGAAUACGGAAAGUACUCAAACGAGCUUUAUGAGCUCCAAGCGACCAAGUGGGAGUGGAGGAAAAUGUACCCUGAAUCUCCAGACAACGGCUUAUCACCGUGUCCACGCUUGGGACACAGUUUCACAAUGGUUGGCGAAAAGAUUUUUCUCUUUGGUGGACUUGCAAAUGAAUCAGACGACCCAAAAAACAAUAUUCCAAAAUAUUUGAAUGAUUUGUACAUACUGGAUACACGGGGAGUUCACAGUCACAAUGGUAAAUGGAUAAUACCAAAAACAUAUGGCGAUAGUCCGCCACCCCGCGAGUCCCACACUGGAAUUUCGUUUUCCAGCAAAAACACUGGAAAAUUGAAUCUAUUAAUAUAUGGAGGAAUGAGUGGCUGUCGUUUGGGGGAUUUGUGGUUGCUUGAUACUGAUUCCAUGACUUGGUCCAAACCACGCACACUCGGACAGGCACCACUGCCGCGCUCAUUACAUAGCUCAACGAUGAUUGCCAAUAAGAUGUAUGUUUUUGGCGGAUGGGUUCCCUUGGUAAUCAACGACUCCAAGUCGACAACGGAGCGCGAAUGGAAAUGUACAAAUACGCUUGCGGUCCUGGAUUUGGACACUAUGACCUGGGACAAUGUCACCUUGGAUACUGUGGAGGAAAACGUACCAAGAGCUCGUGCCGGCCACUGUGCAGUUGGCAUCCAAAGUCGCCUGUAUGUGUGGUCAGGACGGGAUGGCUACCGCAAAGCAUGGAACAACCAGGUUAGGGUUUGCUGCAAAGACCUAUGGUAUUUGGAGGUGACGAAACCUCUUUACGCAGUUAAAGUGGCACUUGUGCGCGCAUCCACACAUGCUCUUGAGCUCUCUUGGACUGCAACCACCUUUGCAGCCGCAUAUGUUUUGCAGAUUCAAAAAAUAGAGCAAGCAGCAAAUCCGACCUCGAAGCAAUCAGCUCAAAGUCUGGUGCAAUAUGGAACAACGUCUACAGUAGCCCCCCCAGCAAAUGGCUCCGAAAUUACACCGUCAGUUGGAGUCGAAGCUGCAGCUGCUUCAUUAAAGUUUGAAAAGAGUCAAAUUUCAGUGCUGCAUCAUGCGGCGGGGGCUGCGAGUGCAUCCGAAGCAACCGUUCAGCCAGCAACAACUACGACUAAGCCUGCAUCGGUAUCGGGUAGCGUGGCUUUCACUGACAUUUCGCAAUCUCCAUCACCAAACACACAAUUGCAAAUGAAACCCAUCUCUCGAUUGUUAGUCGAAGCUGCUGCUGCUUCAUUGAAAUUCGAAAAGAGUCCGGGCUCAAUGCUUCAACAUGCUGUGGGUGCUGCUAGCUCAUCCGAAGCCGUCGGUCAACCACCAUCAACUGCGACUAAGACUGCAUCCGCACUGGCAAGCGUGGGAUUCACUGACGUUCUACAAUCGGCAUCACCAAACACACAAUUUCAAGUGAAACCUGUCACAGCUGUGGCCGGAACUUCUUUUACUGUACCAACAUCGACGGUCGGUGUGCAACCGCAGAUAUCCAUAAUCAGCAGUACUGCGGUUUCAGUCGGAGGUAAUGCUGCCACCACCAGUAGUAGCAGUGGCAUGCUGCAAAAGUUUCGUCCCAGUGUAGCCCCUUCAAGAACAGGUUCCACCACAACAGCAGUAGCAACAGUAGGCGGCGGUGACACUAUGGCUGUACGCGUGUCUGGUUCAAUGCCAUCGAACGUUGUGCUUAGUUCUUCGGCUUCAAGUGGCAGCCUACGCCUAGUACCCAACGUAACUGCAUCUCAGACACUGCGCAUAGCAACCACACAUAGCACUGGGGGAGGCGCUGCAACUAAUAUAUUAAAAACAGCACUACCGAGCACUGCUGUUCAAUCGCAGCACACGGGACAGGCGACAACGUCAAUAGGUGGAAAGCAGUACUUUAUCCAAAAACCGCUAACCCUGGCCCCAAAUGUGCAGCUUCAGUUUGUUAAGACGAGCAGUGGCGGCAUGACGGUUCAGACACUACCAAAGAUGAACUUUAAUAUAGCCAAAGGCGCUACUUCACAGAGUCUUUCGAUUGCAAAUCAGCAGUUGUCUGCUGGCUCCGCUCAGAUUCAGAUUACUUCAGGAUCACAAAAGUCGGCGUCUUCGGCUGGUUCAACAGCUUCAUCAGUGGCAGGAUCGACGACGUCUACUAGCCAGCAUAAUAAACCUAUUGUAUCUGGAAACGUACUGAAGCUUGUUUCGCCCCACGCAAUGACCAGUGGCGGCAAAUUAAUCAUGAAAAAUUCAAACAUUCUGCAGAUGGGCAAGGUGACGCCAAACGUAAUGGGCGGAAAGCCCGCUUUCGUUAUAACAAACAAGCAGGGGACGCAACUGGGCAACCAGCAGAUCAUUAUUGUUACCACUGGCGGCAGUCUGCGAACUGUUCCUGCCAGCACUGUGAUGAGCACAGCUGGGACAGGAACGGGGGCAAGCAUAGUUAGUAUAGUAGGCUCUACGUCGACCACCACUAGUACACUACAGGCGAUUGGUGCGCAACGAGCAGUGAUAUCCAACCAGAGUGGCGUCAAAAUGAUACGCAACAUAUCAUCAGCACCGGGAUCACUAGCGACAGGUCAGAAAGUGAGUAGCUCUCCUCUACAGCAAAAGACAGCACUAUAUAUAGGCGGAAAACCGGUCACUGUAAUGAGCACGAAUGCAGGCGUUGCUGGAUCUGGAAGUAACUCAAAUAAACUAGUGGUUUUACCAGGGACAAGUGCGACCAACGUGGGUUCUACUACGACACUUAGCGCCAGAAAAAGCUUCGUUAACAUUUUUAAUGCCGGUGGCAGUUCGCGUGCACUGACAUUGGCGACCAAGAGUGUGCCAGCCAAGAUUGUGCAGUCGGCACAGGUACAGGUACAAAAGGAUUCUGUAGCCGAAAAGAGCGCUCCGAUUACGAAUAUAGCGGAUACUGAUCCGAUGGACGAUAUAAUAGAGCAGUUGGAUGGUGCUGGCGAUCUAUUACAAAAACAUCCUACCCAUGAAGCCCAAGGGAGAUCUGAAGAGGGGGUGAAUGACGACAAUGCCACAUCUACGUCAAUGUCAGCAUCAGGCCGGUCUGAAGGCCAGUCAUCUGCAAGUGGCUCAAGCGAUCACAAUCAAAGCAUAACAGACCAACAAGUGGGCAUUGUUGAAGAUAUUACCGGCGUUAGCAGCACUACUGAUGCCAGGGAAACACCGGCGGAAAGCACCGAAAGUGUUAAUAGCACUGAAUCCGGGGAAGAUAAGAUGAAUAGCAUUGAGUUUACGGCGAAACCUUCAUCAUCGGAGAGUACCUGCAGCCGACCGACAACGUCUGAGACUGAAGCCGCCACUAUACUAACAAACAUUAAAGCUGGGGAAACUUCAGUUUUGGGGAGCGCAGGAGUCGGAAAGGAUCCAGCCAUCUCCACUACUCGUGGGGCGGGGGCCGACGGGGCUCGAGAUACAGAUGGCGAUUUCAGUCAAGGUCAUAUAUCUCAUCAACACCAAAAUGUGGAUGGCUCACAUUUGGAGGCAUUAGCUUCAGCAGCUGUGAUGCAAGCAGCCACGGCAGAUGCUACCGCUUCGAUGAACUCUAGUCAAGUGGUCAAAAUUUUGGUUGAACGAUCGGGUAGUGGCACACAGCUAGCAAAUGCAAUUACUGACAAUUCCCAAACCAAUGAUCAGCAAAACGCCAUCGCCGUUGCAGCGCAAAACACCUCACAGAACGAUAACGAUAAAUGGCAAACAGUGGGGGUGUUCAAAGACCUCUCGCAUACAGUUACCAGCUAUAUUGACUCAAAGUAUUUCAACGAUACUCUUCUCGAAAGUUUAGAUGCCGAUAACUUACCGGACUUUAAUCAAUAUCCACGUGUCAGCUUAGAUCCGGGAACAGCUUAUCGCUUUCGGUUGGCUGCUAUUAAUUCAUGUGGCCGUGGUGAAUGGGGAGAGAUAUCCAGUUUUAAAACCUGUUUGCCGGGCUUUCCAGGUGCCCCAUCGGCAAUAAAGAUUUCAAAGGACGUUAAGGAGGGCGCUCAUUUAACAUGGGAGCCUCCUCCGGCACAGAAAACAAAAGAGAUAGUCGAGUACUCUGUAUACCUGGCUGUAAAGCCCACGACAAAGGACAAGGCGUUGACGUCUCCACAACUAGCUUUUGUGCGAGUAUACGUAGGUGCAGCCAAUCAGUGCACAGUGCCGAACGCCUCGCUUUCUAACGCACAUGUGGAUUGCUCGAAUAAGCCAGCUAUUAUAUUCCGGAUUGCGGCGCGCAACCAAAAGGGUUACGGACCAGCGACUCAAGUUAGGUGGCUGCAGGAUCCUGCUACAACUAAACUACAGACGCCCGCAAACACGCCAAAUUUAAAGCGUGCUCAGGACAAGACUUUCAGUGGCACAGGUAGCCCGGCAAAUUCGUACUGUUCACCGCAAAAGCGUGGACGUAGCGGGGGCUUGCAAGAUUGAUCAUCUAAUUAGAUAUAGUCUAUAGAUAGGUGUAGAAAUAAAGGGGACAUGUCACCAUUAAGAUUUACAGUAAAUACAACUGCCACCGCCGCAAAAAAUACACACUAAAAUCGAACCCAUUUCAAAUAUAUGUAUAUAUUUGAGAGCUUGGGUAGAGCAUUAACAUCGGUGUGAAUAUAUGACCUCCUGAUGUGUAUGGAUGUUAAACACUUGCUAUAUAAGAUGUUCACUGAUUAACUUUGUGUAAGAAAAUGACAAAAUGAGAAUUGAUGAAAUAUUAAUUAUAUAAAACGAAUUUUGAGAA